AUGGACGCAGUGGGCCUCAAUGAGAACAGAACAAGUUUCUUGCAGAAGCAGUACAGCACGCAAUUACAAACUGGGUUAUAUAGUCCAAAUUUUGGCUAUAAGGCUCCAGCUUCGUCGAUUCCAGUACUGUCGAUAGAUCCAAAAUUUGAUCCUAGCAUGCCUCGACGAAUUGUAUGGUCACCGGAACCUAUUCGAACUGAUUCAGCUUUUGAAUCUGCAAGUAAAAUAAGUUUUCUUAAAUCCGAAACAUGGAGUGAACCAAAGGAGAUCAUACCAAAUUUAAAAGGUGCUAGUAAUGUUUCAUGCUCCCCGAAUUGUAAAGCCUUGUUAAUUGGGUUGACUACUGCUCUGUUAAUUGGGGCUGCUGGUUUAGCUGCAGUUCUAGUCAUGUGGUUGAAAUCAGACAUAACCACAGCCGUUUUUACAGGUAUCGUAACAGUUUGUUAUUUUGUUGUCAAGAAACUCUUUUGACUGCACAGUACUAUGAGCACCACCACCGCUACCAUAAUCGCAAUCACAUGUUUGUUUUCCUACUAGGUCAUGAAAGAGUCAAAAAACUGUUUUUGAAAACCCGAUUUUAAUGAAGAAUUCAAAAGAUAUUUACUAAUGCCAAAGUCUGUUUUGAUUUACGAACCAGACUGUCUGUAUGAUUCGAACUUGCUAUAGGUUACCAUCGAUAGACACUGUAAACCAGUAGGCAUGCACCAGUUAAAAACCGGUUUUUUGUUCGUCUCUUCGCGAAAACUGAAUGGUGAAGAGUAUAUAUUAAACUUUUCUCACAACUGAGUUUUAUAGAGAAAACAUUUCGAGUUACAGGGAAUCUUUCCAUAUUGUCUCUUUUCCUUGCCAGCGCCUUUCUACCACAAAUCCCAUUUAUCGGUUACAUAGCCGAAACCGAUAAAUCGGACUCUUAUUAAAUAUUCUUUUUAUAAGUGCUGGAUGGAGAUGAAGAGUGCUUCUAUAGCAUAUUUUGUAGAGAAAUGUUGUCGCUACAAAACUCAGUUGUGAGAAAACUUUAAUAUGUACAAUCUAUUUGCAAAAAGCGCUGAAAAUCGAGCUUUACACCGGUGCAUGCCUAGCCAUCACCAACAGAAACGCAACUUUCACGAGAAAAGCACUUAUUUUAUUCAAAGUUGUCACAAUAAAAUAUACGAGUCUUCUACCGUGCCCUAAAUUUUCAAGAUUUUAUGGAUGUUUUGUGAUGUACCGAAAGAAAAUUCAUAUUCUGCAUCAAUUUUUAAAUAUUGGAAAAACGUCUCAUUUUACCAUCAGGUCGAGUAUAAUGAGGUUUUUCUGUGCGUAUGCGUAGAUACAACAUAAUUUUAACUGAAAUAUUGUUUUAUCAGUAAUAUAAUUGCUCUUUUUUUCAGAAAAAUGUUGAAAAGGAGGGGACAAUAUACUGAAAAAGCACAGUCGUGCACAGAGUCGAUUGCACAACUUCAAUCGUUAUGUAGAAUAUAGAUACAGAACAGUGGAUUUAGUUUUGCAGUUAACUGCAAAGCUAAGUUCAUGUAUAAGGGGCGGGACUUUACUUUUAUUUACAGGGUAAAGAAAAAAUUGGCUACUUUACAUUACUAAGAUAAAACGUAAAAAGAAAAUUUUAUUUACUUUUUUCAACGUGAUGGAAAAAUUCGGUUUACUUUACUUUCAUGGGCAAAGUAAACUUUGUUGGCAUGACAAUUAUAUGAUAUUAUUGAGAUUAAUAGAAAGUACAAAUCAUAAGCAAAUUUAUUCCAAAGUUGAUACCAUUUAAUAGAUUUUGCUCUUUUCGCCAGUUUUUAGCUUACAGUACUAUAAUGGAAUAUUUUUGCGCUUGUAUUCUGAAAGAAUAAAGUUUAUAUCAAAGAAGGAAUCUUCUAUUUCGAUUUUUACAAGAGGAGGUCGUGCGGAGGAUCUUUUACUGUGUCAACCCUUUUUACUUCAGAAAAUUAUUAUAUAGUUUCUUCCAAUUUUUUUGAAACUGUUAUCAAUCUUUAUACCAAAUUUUCAAAACGUCUGCACGGACCUUGCAAAAAUUUCAUCCUUCACAAAAUGUUACGAGUAAGAAAAACUAUAAGCUCGUUUUAAAAUUCGUUUAAUGCAGUCUAUAUCUGUUUUAAAUUUACUUUCAGCCAGCACAACGGAUACCACAACGGUUACCACAACUACAACCAGUAUGUAAUCUAUCUUGUGAAAACAAACAGGGUUCUGUAAGAACACAGCAAACAGAGAGCCAACGUUUCCUAGCCUAAGCUAAGAUAAAUCUUUCGGAAACAAAAGGUAAAAUGUUGUGAUACGAGAAAGAAUUAAGCGUCAGUUUCUGGCAGGUGAACCAAUGUUAACUUAAUACUGAAUUUUGGCCAAAAUACUGUUUGCUACCAAACUAUAUUGCGAAAAUAUUAGCUCUGGAUGCUGAUUUUCAGAGUACCUAAAGUUCCCUUUAGUGAAUCAACUUUUCGAAUAAGCUAUGAUGGCUUUUGGUACAUGUAGGUAGAAGAGUAGACGCUAUACAAAAAAAG